AUGCAAGUCGCUGAACUGGGAUUUAUUGGUAACUUUGUCGAUGGGAUCAACUGUUUAAGAGUUGUGCAUUGCAAUUCAAGGGAUACUAUUGAGGCAGUAAUAAAAUCGAAAGAUGUUCAGAUGGAAAAGCCAGAGUUGGCUAAAUCAACACGUUCCAGCGGUAGAGAAUCGCAAUCACCACCAAACCGACUCUCGUUGAAGUCUGAAAAUCAAGCGGAUGCAUCGAAUUCGCAACGUCCUGAACAAACCCCACAGGGCUUAAGUAAGGCGUUCUUUUAG